GAUUAGGAUUAUCUUGUCCACGCGCUUGCGUUAUCCUGUGAGGGUUGCAUAGCCUCUGGUAAGAGAUACAUAGAGAGAGAGAGGUAGGUUGAGUGUCGUUGAACUGCAAUGGCCGUGACUAUGAAUGUAAAUGAGUCAUCGUCAACGACAACGACUACUGCCACUGAGAUAGACGAAGCUAAGAAGGCGGCGUCGUUUUGCUCGGUACGCAGUUGGGGAAAUCCUCAAACGCCGUUUGCACUCCCAUUCCGCCGUUUCGGAGCUCCAACCUCCAACGCCUCUCCGAACAAUCACAUCAUCAACAUUCCUGAAUUGCGCAGGUUCAUGAGCGAUGCUGCGCAUGACCUCAUCAGAUUCGCUUCUCAAAACCCCGUUGUCAACAAACUCAUCUCUCUCCACUCCCAAUUCCAGAGCAUAUGCCUUCAGAUUCGGCGUAGUAGCUUGAAGAGCAUGGGGUCGGUGAGUGGUAGUCACAAUUUCGCAGCUGUUUUACCUGGCGGUGACUCGGUGGCGGGUCUCGUGGUUUCUAACGGAAUCCUGAAUUUCUUGAACAUUUACAAUACUUUGCUCGUUGUUAGGCUUGUUUUGACCUGGUUCCCCAAUUCUCCUCCUGCCAUUGUUAGCCCUCUCAGCACCAUAUGUGACCCAUAUCUGAACAUAUUCCGUGGACUCAUUCCCCCUCUUGGAGGAACACUGGAUCUCUCUCCCAUCCUAGCAUUCUUGGUCCUAAAUGCAUUCACUAACACCGCUGCUGCACUCCCUGCUGAGCUUCCAGCCGCAGAACAAUCUGAACAACGUUGUGCACCACCAUUGCAGCCAUCUGAUGUUACUACUUUUGCACAAAAGAAAUGGUUGAGACGACUUCAAGGGAACAACAGGUCAAAGAGCUCUGAUCGUGUUAAUUAGAAUAUAAAAAUAAAAUAUUUAUUUGUCCCUUUGGCUGUUUAUGAAUUAAUAAUGUACAUUGGUUUCUGAUUUGUUCCCAAUCUUUGUAGUUCUAGGCAGCACAAUUUUUGAGCUUGUGGUACCGUAGAUUUGGAGAGUUAUUUUAGGCCACUGGUCAAAUCGCACUGGUAUAAAGCACCAGUUAUAUAUUUCGGAGUAAUCAUACUAUGUCAUUUGUUUAAAUUCUGUUUGUAUGUAUAUAUAACCACAAUAAACCUUUCGGCAAGAAUGCACUGUCAGUCU